AAUUGAUGAUGGUUUCCAUAUAAAUGCGAGAACAGGAAUUGAAUAGUGAUAUCGCGAAUGAGGUUCUUCAGGUGCUUCAAUUGAUGGAAUACGACAGGAUGUUAUCCAUUCAUUGUCUUCUUCUCAUCGUGAUUACGUUUUUGGAGGCUGUGUCAGGAGACCCAACGCUGCAGGUUGUGAUGGAAAAUGUCGAUAUCAAGACGGAUGAUAAUGCCUUCUUCGAUCCUUGGGCAGUUAGUGUGGCUGGGUCAGGUGACAAACUCACACUGAAAAUACCAGUUAAAAAUGAGCUGCCUCUCACCAUGAUGAUGCAAUUAGUGAUGAACUUGGAUGGCAAUGAAAUGGUGAAUUUCGAGGGGACACUGUGUGCGAGCCUGGAAGAUGAACUUAUUGGUAAAGAAAUAAUUGGACAUGGCCUGCCAAAGGAUCAGUUCCCCAAAAGAUGUCCAAUCCCAGUGGGAGCAGACUGGGAAAUACGCGAAUGGACUUUUCCCACCGAGAAAAUGCCACCAGGUAUUCCAGACGGUCCAGCUGAUGGUGUACUGACGAUAUUUGAAGAGGGAAAAGCUCCUAUAGUAACCCUUAAAGCCAAAGGAAAGAUUAUGCACAAGGUCCCUGCAUUUGGCCGUUAACUUUAGUAUUUCGAUGGAUUAUUUUGUAGUACAGUUGUAAUCAUAAUUUCAAUGUUAUAAAAUUCAUAGACAUCCUGAAUAAUUGUUAGCAAUAAUGUGAGCUAUGUUCAUUAAAUUCAAAUAAAAAUAUGAAUUUUUGGAUUCAAAA